AUGUCUUCCUCGUCGUCCAAUGGCUCCAAAAACAGCAUCACCGCCGAAAGCAUCGCAAUCCAUCUAGACUUCGAGCCCAACCUGCCAGGCGCCGAAGAUCUUGACGUGGAUCUCGUCAUCCAGUGGCUGCUCGCCCUCAACCUCAGCCUUCGUACAAAGGAGAUCAAGCGUCUGGCUCCUCAAGUCCUCGAAGAACUCCGUGCUAUGGACGGCAUCACUGUCGAAGAGGCUAUCAGACACCAACAACGCUACCCCAUCAAGCGUGAUGUCCCUGUCCUUGUGCAUACCUGGGGUGGCAGCGGUCAGGCUCAGGAAGUCAAGAAAGAGGCAUCAUCUCCCAAGCAGCAACGCAGUGCAUUCGAGGUUGUCAGCAAGAAGAAGGCCAGGAAGCAGGGCAAGAACGCCGACAAUCAAGCACCCCUGAACUUGGAAGACGGCGACGGAGCUGGCGGCGUCAAGCUCGAGGACACUUCGGAUAAGGAAGACGCAAAGCAAACUGUAGCUGAGGCAGCUGAAAGUGCAGCCGCGAAGAAGAGAGCAAGAAAGGCGGCCAAGAGAGCCAGAAAGCUUGCACAAGCUCUUGAGGAUGCAAAGCCUCCUGUGGGAAAGAAAGAAGAGGACAGCGACAGUGAGAACGACUCUGACUGGACUCAGACCAGCUGGUCUCCUUCAUGGGCUACUGACGCGGAGGAAGAGGACUGA